AGCGCUGCUCUUUCUGUGGAGGCCACCGCGCGCAGAGCCUAGCGAGCUCGGGGCUGGAUUCCUGCUGGAGCCGGCUAGGGAGCAGGACCUCUUGGAUACGCUGGCUUUGGAGCUUCGGUGGAGGGGGGACCGAGGAGGAACACACUGCCUGGCUCUCAAGCCUCUCCAUCUGCUGCUGUGUCUGUUGAAGUGGAAUUAGACAUGCAGUCCUAGAAUGAUGUCUUUAUCAACAUUAAUGUGACAAUCACACAACAUUUACCAAACACUUUGCCAAGCAAUAAUAUUCAUUUAAAAUCUUGUAAAGGAAGAUCCACCACUGUCCCCAUUUGCAGACGAGGACAGGGUGUGUUCAGAGAAGCAAAGAAGCAUCCUUUUUCCUCCCUUCAAUUCUAUGGGAUUUCUUUGGAAGCUGUCGUUAAAACCAUCGUUUUUCCUGGGCCAAAGGAAUAAAGAGUCUGAAGAAGUCCUCAGGAGCUGUAGUGUACGCAAGUUCUCACGCUCACUACGGGACACCAUCUGCCCUCCUCCUCAUCUGUCUCCUGGAGAUAAGUCCAUGCAUCCUUCUGAGAACUCUGAGAGACUCGGGUGACAGGCCUUCAACACAGCACAUGGCCCGGCAGGGGCUGAUAAGUAGGUGCAGUAGGCAGUAGCUGUGACUACGGAUCCAGAUGCACACAGCAGAUGUGGAAGGCAGGCAGCUGCCCUUGGAGAUGAAGGUCCGGAGCCGGGACCCCCGGUUACCAGUGUGAAUGGGGGAUUGAACCAGGCUGCCCACCCCACGAACAUGACAACAGCCCAGGAUGGCCACGGGCAAGGAGCCGCAGCCACUUGUUCAGCUUCCAACCCGAAGGCCCCUAAAAUGGUGACAUCCUCAGCAUGUCAGAAUGGAGGCUGCAAAAGCAGCCCCGGCAGUGAUCCGGAAGCCGGGGAAGCCCGCCUCAGCCCUUCCAAGCUGGUCCGUCUCUUCUCUGGUAGUCGGAAGAGGAUGAAUUCGAAUUCUGAGAGGCCUCGCUCGGUGGUCCUUGUGGGGAAUUCCUCCACAUGGAAUGCCUUGGCCUCCUUCCGUAAAAUGGGCUCUUUUAAAAGACUAAAAUCUUCUGUCCUUCAAGGAAUUCAGAACCGGGAGGGGGCAGAAGUUUCCAAGGAGGAGGCGACAGGAGACCCAGGAAGGGCUGCUCCCAAUGGCACCAUUGGCAUCCUUGGAAAGGGCCCGGGCAGGUGUACAUCCUUGGGCCCUCUAGGAGAUGGCGCGGGGUCGGACUGCUCAGACCCUGAGGACACAGAGGACGCCUUCCAGAGGAGCACGCACCGUUCACGCAGCAUCCGCAGGGCCUACGGCCUGGGCCGCAUCAGCCUGCUGGACCUGGGGCGGCAGCCAGUGCCCGAGCCCGCUGUGUGUGAGAUCCAAGUGCGCGACCCUGAGCCCAGCAGGGCUGUGCCUCUGCCGCGCAGAAGCAAGAGCAUCGACAGCUUGAGCGUCCUCAAGAGCUCCUUCAAGCGCAAGUCUGCAUCCAACCUCACGGAACUGCAGGGUGACAGGCAGGUUCCCUCCAGGACCCUGAGCGGCUUCUUCACAGACCCGGAGAAGCCGGGUAGCUCAGAGAGGAGAGCCAGACGCUGGAGGAGCCCCAUCCGGGCCAAGGACUUCGACCGAGUCCUAAGACUGGUGAGCAGUGUCAAGGAUGCGGCCUGGAAGAGGGAGGCCCCCAGGAGUGCAGCCCCUAGCCCCGGUCCCGAUCUGGGGGAUUCGAACCCAGUACUUGCACCUCAAAGCAAGCUACAUGAUGACUACUCACGGCGUACCAGCAGCAGCGUGGAGCCAGAUGCCAGGCGUGGUGGUUCUUUGUCCUCACCCUGUGCCCCUGCACCAUGCACUGCUGCGCCCUACACAGCUCCAGAACCCCACCUUGAUGUGGAUACUGCAGUCUUCCCCCUAGAAACUAAGAGUGCUCAGCCACUGGGAAACGAUGGACCUCAUGCCAGCAGUCCCUCGACAACCCCCACAGACCCUGAAGGGUUGAGUCAAGCCUCCAGGGAGGCGCAUACUGGCAGCCAGCAUCCCUUUGACCCUAUACAGAUGCCCACUCCUCUGAGGCCCACCACACCCAAGCCGCAAAGCCCUCAGAGCCCAGGGAGUACUAAGUGCCCCAGUACUCUGAGUGUGCUGUCCCUCAGUUCAGCGGACAGUGAAGAACGGACCGAGGAUGCCGGGCACAGGCAGCCAGGAUCCGUGUCCCUCCAGGACACUGUCCUCGCCACCGCUGGUGAUAUGGGGGGAGAAAGCGGUGACAGCUCUUUUCCUGCGAAUCUUGACAGAGCCACCAAUCCAGAAGAGAGGAAGGAAGAGGUGGUGACUGAGGAUGACUGGCGGCAGGGCUCAGCCCUAGAGGAGGAGCAGAACGAGGCGCCCCGAGUCUCCCGGAGGAGGUGGGGCUCAGGCAGGCGCACCCGGCCGCGACCACUGUCUGACUAUGGCCAGUUGGCCAGCAGAAGCUUGUCCAUUCCUGAAGAUGCCAUUGCUGCAGACCCUCCAGAUGAAGACCACGUGGACAAGAUACACCCAGCAAGUGUGACCACCAGCAACCAGGAUCCAUGCGCCCCCUCAGGCUGUUCCAGGGCAAGCCGGCGAAGGAGACCUAUAUCUGUGAUCGGAGGGGUCAGCUUCUAUGGCAACAGCCAGGUAGAGGAUGCGGAGAACCUCUUGGUCCAACCAGCAGCCAGGCCUCCCGUGCCUGCACACCAAGUUCCACCCUACAAGGCUGUGUCUGCCCGCCUCAGGCCCUUCGCCUUCUCCCAGAGCACUCCCAUCGGGCUGGACCGCGUGGGGCGGCGCCGGCAGAUGAAAACAUCCAAUGUCUCUUCAGAUGGAGGUGCGGAGUCUUCGGCCUUAGUGGAUGAUAAUGGUAGUGAGGAGGACUUCAGCUAUGAGGAGCUCUGCCAGGCCAACCCUCGAUACCUACAGCCAGGCGGGGAACAGCUGGCCAUCAAUGAGCUCAUCAGCGAUGGCAGCGUGGUCUGUGCAGAAGCACUGUGGGACCAUGUGACCAUGGACGACCAGGAACUGGGCUUCAAGGCUGGGGAUGUUAUCCAGGUCCUGGAAGCCUCCAACAAGGACUGGUGGUGGGGCCGGAAUGAAAACAAAGAGGCCUGGUUCCCUGCCAGCUUUGUUAGGCUUCGAGUCAAUCAGGAGGAGCUGCCUGAGAGCUGCAGCAGCUCCCACGGGGAGGAGCAGGAGCAGGAGACCAGCAAAGCCCGCCACAAGCACCCCGAGAGCCAGCAGCAGAUGCGGACCAACGUCAUCCAGGAGAUCAUGAACACCGAGCGAGUAUAUAUCAAGCACCUCAAAGACAUCUGUGAGGGCUAUAUCCGACAGUGUCGUAAGCACACCGGAAUGUUCACCAGUGCGCAGCUCGCCACUAUUUUUGGAAACAUUGAAGACAUUUACAAAUUCCAAAGAAAGUUUCUGAAAGACCUUGAGAAACAGUACAACAAAGAGGAACCUCACUUAAGUGAAAUAGGAUCCUGCUUUCUUCAGCACCAAGAGGGCUUUGCCAUCUACUCUGAGUACUGCAACAACCACCCGGGCGCCUGUGUGGAGCUGUCCAACCUCAUGAAGCACAGCAAGUACAGGCACUUCUUCGAGGCCUGCCGCCUGCUGCAGCAGAUGAUCGACAUCGCCCUGGACGGCUUCCUCCUCACGCCCGUGCAGAAGAUCUGCAAAUACCCACUGCAGCUGGCUGAGCUGCUCAAGUACACCACACAGGAGCACGGCGAUUACGACGACAUAAAGGCAGCCUAUGAAGCCAUGAAGAACGUGGCCUGCUUGAUCAAUGAGCGCAAGCGCAAGCUGGAGAGCAUAGACAAGAUCGCCCGCUGGCAGGUGGCCAUCGUGGGCUGGGAGGGCCUGGACAUUCUAGACCGAAGCUCUGAGUUGAUUCAUUCCGGAGAACUGACCAAAAUCACCAGGCAGGGCAAGAGCCAGCAGCGCAUCUUCUUCCUUUUCGACCACCAGCUAGUGUCCUGCAAGAAGGACCUGCUGCGCAGGGACAUGCUGUACUACAAGGGCCGCAUGGACAUGGAUGAGGUGGAGCUUGUGGAUGUAGAGGAUGGGCGGGACAAAGACUGGAACCUAAGCAUGCGCAAUGCCUUCAAGUUGGUCAGCAAGGCCACGGAUGAAGUUCAUCUCUUCUGUGCCAGAAAGCAAGAAGACAAGGCCAGGUGGCUGCAGGCCUACGCGGACGAGAGGCGACGGGUGCAGGAGGACCAGCAGAUGGGAAUGGAGAUCCCAGAAAAUCAGAAGAAACUCGCUAUGUUGAAUGCUCAGAAGGCAGGACAUGGGAAAUCUAAAGGCUACAACAGCUGCCCCGUGGCCCCGCCCCACCAGAGCCUGCCGCCCCUUCACCAGCGCCACAUCACUGUGCCCACCAGCAUCCCACAGCAGCAGGUCUUUGCUUUGGCUGAGCCCAAGAGGAAGCCAUCACUCUUCUGGCACACCUUCCACAAACUCACUCCCUUCCGGAAAUGAGCCUUACCCGGUGUGAGCCUCUGAGGUACUGUGGGGAGGAAGACCGGUUGUCUCUUCAGCGUGAUGUCUAGAGAUGGCUUCUUGCUCAGUGAUGAAUAUUUUGUUUGGGGAUCGAUGAAGGGGAGAAGAAGUUGGACUCAGCUUUGACCAUGAGAGGCCCCAGAACCCUUGUGGAUGGAAGGAGCCACGGAGCACUGCUCUGUCCCACACGGAAGCCACACUCUCAAGUGGCCAUGAUGUAGGGACUAGGGCCUCUCUACAUGGAGACUGCGGAUUCAGUUGGCCCUGCGAGUUUCCCACUGCUGGUCCCAUUCCUGCUCCAGUUCCACACAGUAUCAGGAGCCUGUCGGUCCUUCAGGAGCAGCAACUACAUUAAGGAUGGCUCCUGUGUUUGAUCUUAAGAAACUCAUUGACCGGGGUCGGUAGGAUGUUAGCAGCCAAGGGAUGACCUGAGUGUGGUCAGGACCCGGAAGAGACAUGAAGGAGCGAGAGCCAAUGGGGCAGGUGCCCACAGUUCUCCAAGGUGUGCAGAUGCCAAGCAAGAGUGUAGGUCUGUCUCAUCCUGCAAAGUUCCUUAUUCACAAGAGAGUCAGGGGGCAUCUGCUGCCCUGGCUGUGCUGGGGGCGAUAGCAUCCUCAGGGCAGGGCUGCUUUCCAGACUGGAGGGAAGGCUGCAGCCACCUGACUUGUCCCUUCAAACAGAGGCCACGCCUUGCUCAACCCUCACAACCUAAGAACCUGCCUGCCACUCACGGAAGCAAGGGUGAUGUGAAACUCACUGUUCCUCUCCAACGGCCCUUUGCGUCACAGGUAGGAUGAUGGAGACACCGACAUCCCCAGAUAAAAGGAGGGGCAAAACCAUCCCACUUCCUGGGGAAAUGAACCGCCUCUAUCACGUGACCCUGAAACAGUAGGACCGAGGCUGCGCCAGCUGUACAAUGGUCUUAAUGACUCCUUAGCUCUGAGAGAGCUGUCUCUUAAUGGGGGCCCCAUGAGCUGACACCCACAGAGAGUAACCGUUCUCGGUUGACAUUGUGUUUGUUACUUGAUGAAAAUGCCUUUUAACUCAAGGGGACUGGUUCUGCAUUUUAAUCUACAUAGCAGGUUGGCCAGGGGCUGGAGGGGUCCCGCCAUGCUGCUCCUGUGCUCUCUGCUCUCGGCUCUUGCUUGAGAACAAACAAGUCUGCAGUGUCAGAGGUGAAGGUAUUGGUCCCUCAGGACAGUUCACCGGUCUCCACAUCUAUGCCUGAAACUAGUGUCAUCACAGCAAAUACCUUGAUCCCGACCCUUGGAUUAGUCUCAACCCUCCUGUGACCCCUGGCAGCACUGCGGGGGACCGUGGUCAGUGGCCCCACUGCUGUGUCUGUGUGCAGUGAAGAGGUUCAGGUGCACAGAGCAUGUGCCGUGUGUGUGUGUGUGUGUGUGUGUGUGUGUGUGAGAGAGAGAGAGAGAGAGAGAGAGAGAGAGAGAGAGAGAGAGAGAGAGAGGAGGGGAGAGGGGGAGAGUGAGGCCUCAACUUCAGCUACAUUUAUAUAACUGACAGGUUUGGUUGGUUGGUUUUUUUGUUUGUUUGUUUUCUAAUAGAAUGUAAGGAUAUAUUUUAGAAACCAUGCUUUGUGUACUUUUCUCUGCUCCAGUGUGUGUGUGUGCAGCAAUCCCCACAGUUGUGUGUUACUAUGAAAAUUGCUUUAAAGAAGCGAGUAGUCAUUGGUCCUGGUCAUUUUCACUGAGGAUUUCUCUUGAGUCGGAGCCUCGCUGCAGGCUCCAUUUGCUGUUACAGCUGACGACGGCGAAGAAGUAAUACGCUAUGUUUGUGACCAGUCCUAACAGAAUUCCCAGCUGCCCUAACUUCCUGCUCCCACCUACCUCCACAGACCGCCUAACAAUCCCCGACAUCAGGAUGUGUUUAUAUCAAGUCACAUUCAAGACCUGGGCUGGCCCCGGGUCAUUUUAUACAGCCUGAGAAGCGCUUGAUCAAAUAAAGUCUGCCCCAGGUGACUCUUGGGAUUUCUGGGUGAUUUUGAAAACGAAUGUGUUUUUAAAAGAUGUAAUAGCAUUUGACUUUGUUAAAAUCUCUAUGUCAGUAUGCAUUUUAUUACCAAAUACAGAAAGUGGAGGACCUUUAGUAGUUUUUAUUUUCAGUUCUCCAAACUUCCUUCUUGAUUUAAGGCACGCGCUCUACUUUGGAUGAAAAAGAAAGAACAAAGAAUCUCUUGCCUGAACAGUGUCCGCAGCUCACGAACAACCUUCCCUCCCUCCCCCUUACUGGGCCAAAAAAAAAGUUGAUUUCAAAUUUUGAUGACUUUUAUUUGUUCUACUUUUAGCAUUCCAGAAUUUGCCGGCUCUGUUACCGUGAUGGAGAAGGCCUCCCUGGUUUAGAUUGUACCUAUAAUGUGUAGGCUCUGUGCUGUAGGUGAAAAGCGAUAACACUUGAAAGUCUAGGGAAAGAAAGAGCAUUCCAGGCUCUGUCCCCUAAAGUAAAAAAAGAGUGGCAUGUAGCUGGUCAGGGCUCGGAGGGUGAGCCUUGCUGCCCCCUAGCUGCUGGUACCUGUUCCGAUCUUCCUCCAUGUGUGGUAGAUCAUGGUAGAUCGCCUCUGCAGGUUUGCGCCACCACCUCGAUGGAAUGCCGUUUCUAACUACUGUGCCUUUUACAAUCCAAUCCACUGAAGACAGAUUCCACAUUCUACGUUGCUGUCGUUACAUGCAAAGCAAAAAAGCGUUUAAUUCAAAACCUGGUUCAAAGCGCAAGCUUUUUUUUUUUUUAAGCGCCAUCCUUCCAGCAUCGUGCGAGUGUGGAAAUCUAUAAUGGGAUGGCUGGUGUUUCUCAGGACAAGUCAGUCCUUUUUUCCCAGCCAGAGUUUCCUGGAGCCUGGGCAUGGCUUCUGCAUUCUGGCUUCAUUACAGAUAGGAAAAGCAGAAGCGUCCUCAGGCCAGCGUCAAGAAAUGUAAGUCGAUGCCUUUGAGCAGCCGGCAGACGGGAUGCUGGGCACACUGUGCCCACAGAUUGUUUCUUCUCAGGAUGCAGGGAAAGGGGCGUUUGAAAGAUUUAGGACAAAGUGAGUAGAAACCCCUAGCCAGUCUUAGGGGAAAGGAGCACCAGCUUACAUCGUGUAUGUAAAUUUGCUUACCUGUACCCCCGAUUGCCUUUGCUGCUCUCCCAGGCAUUGCCAGUUAGAUUUAGAAAGUACUUCGAGCCACUUUUGGUCCCCUUUUUGGGUACCUGUUGGUGACUACUGUGUGUGACCUGCCGCUCUUGGCUAUGCUUUUGAUGAUAACUAAUCCACGCUGAGGUGCUGUCUUCUGUGUGAGUCAAGUGUACUGCUGCUAACCCGGUGAGCUGGCUUUGACCCUGACCCUGAAAUAGGACCCAUGUGCUAGAUGUGCAUUUUUUGCUGAAUGAAGGGUUUGUUUGUUGUUGUUGUUUUUUAAAAAAAAAAUACUGUUAUUUGAUUUCUUGUAAAUGCUGUGAAUCUCUAUUUGUCAUUUUGUAUCUGUAUAUUAAAAUUAAUUUGCCAA